CGCGCUAGCCAAUGGGAUGCCUCCUCUCAUUCGCCCCGCAGAGAGCCCAGCCGCACCCACCGGCCGUUAACGGUCGCCUAGGCCCGAGCAGCACGUGCCCCCGCGGCCACGCCCGCCCGCCUGUUUUAACCCCCGGAAGACGCCGUAGCUCCGGCUUCGCGGCGUGGGCAGUGCGGGCGGAAGUGACGCUAGGGCAGGCGCGGGAUUCAAACUCGCGGAAGCGGCGCUGGGCGAUGAGCGCCUGGGCGGGCCGGGAGCUGUUGGCGGGCCGGUGGCGCCGCGGGCACGGCGACGGCCCCGGGAGGGGCGAGCGGGACGGUGCGGCGCCGAGGAAGCCCCCAGAGGAGGCGCUCGCCGCGCAGGGCCCGCUGGCAUCCCCCGAGAGAAGCAGCCUGCUGCAGAAGAUAUUUUCUCUUGAAAAAGAAAAACAAAAACACAACCAUCUGCUUGGAGAGAAGGACAAAGAAAUCCAAAACCUAAAAGACAAACUUAAGUCCAAGAACAAGAACAGUGAAGUCUCCUCAUUACAAAGUCAACUAGAAGAAAAGACAAAGGAAGCAGAAAGGAGAGAACAGUUACUUAGUUCUCUAUCAGAAGAAAUGAACCGGUUAAAGUGUAAUUUAUCCACUGUUACCGCAAAAUGUUCUGAGCUUGAAAACAAAGCCAAUAAUUCUCAUGCAUCCGAGGAAGCUGUAACAAACAGCACUGGAUCAUCAACUAAUCUUAGUGAAGUAGAAAAACAACUGAAAGAUGCUCUUGAGAAGAACCAACAAUGGUUACUCUAUGACCAGCAACGUGAAGUGUAUGUCAGGGGACUGCUUGGAAGGAUCUUUGAACUUGAAAAGAAGUCAGAAAUAGUUAGCCAGCAACAACCAAAAGAAUCUAAUACAGAAGGUCAUCUACCAGAAGAAAAGCAAAAAUAUUAUGACCAGUUGUUGUUAACUGCUAAAAGUGAUCUUGAGACUGAAAGACGCACUAUAACCCAGCUGAGAUGUGAACUUCAUGAAUUCAAAAAGAAGUAUGAAGAAACACAACGAGAAAUGAUGAGUUUAAAUGACUUACUGCAGUCCCAACAGGCUGUUGAAAUGAAGGCUCUAGAAAAUGAAAACAAAAUAAAAGGAGAGAAAGUGCAGAGACUAAAACAAGAAAAUGAAAGUAUUAAAGUACAGCUAAGAGAAGAAAAAGAAAAGUCUGAAGAACUGUUAUCUCAGGUACAACUUCUUCGUAAAUCAUUGCUCAAACAGCAGGAGGAACACACUAGGAUAGCUUUGCUGGAACAACAGAUCCAGAUAUGCACUACAGACUUUGAGAAUGAAAAGCUAGACCGCCAGAACUUGCAGCAUCAGUUAAACCAAGUCCUUAAGGAACUACGCAAGGCCAGGGAGCAAAUAACCCGGCUGGAACCUUUGAAACUCCAGGAAUCUGGAUGUGUGGAACCACAAGAAGACUUGCAAGCUGCAUUCGAAGAGAAGGUGACAGUGUAUGACAGAAGUCCUUCCCAGAAACAUUCAAAUCUCCUUGAUGAAAGUUUUCUUGAGUGUCCCAGAUGUAAAGUACAAUAUCCAACAAGCCAGCACAGAGAAUUACUAGCGCAUAUUGACUUCUGUACAGCUUAAGCUCCAAAUGGACUUAAUAUAUUUGGUCUUUACACACUUCCAGCAUACUGUCCUGCAAAGGCAAAAGAUUUUUGUAAAGCUCUUCUCUCAAGGUUGUACAAAGGACUGCUAGCUUUGCAUUUCAGUUAAAAAUAAAAAUAAUAGUAAUUUAUUUGGUCUCAUAUUUCACCUGACAUUUGUGGAAACAGCUACUGCAUUUCUUGUUGCAAGUGGAAAUAUUUGUAGAAUUAGGAAUAUUUUCAAGUAAUAAGCUACUGACAUUUUAUUGCACUAUUAAAAAUAAGUAAAACACAGCUUUUGUGUCAGAC